AUGAACUCGGGAAGGAAAAGAAAAGCAGACCUGAAAGUUGUUAUCCUUGGAGAUGUCAAUGUGGGAAAAACCUCCUUAAUAUGUCGAUACAUCGAUGGUAAAUUUCUAGCUUCAGAUCCAACUGUUGGUGCGUCUUUUUUCAUGAAACAUUGGGGGCCUUACAAUGUUGCUGUUUGGGACACAGCUGGAGAAGAAAAAUACACUGGUCUCUCUUCAUUCUACUGUCGCAAUGCAGGAGCAGCCAUUUUUGCUUUUGACCUGAACUGUAUGAAAUCCUUCGAUUCACUUGGAGUACGAUUUCUUCCAUUACUUGAGUCAGCUCGGGAAUGUUGCCUUAAGGUUCUUGUUGGAACUAAACUCGAUCUGAUGACGCCAGAGUCUCGGCAAGUCUCCGCAGAAGCUGCUGAAAAGCUGGCAUUAGAAAUCAACGCUGACCAGCCAAUCGAGAAAUUGCAAAAGGCUCCUUACUUUGAAACUUCUAUAUUGCCUUCCCCUUUCACCAGAUCAAAUUGUCCGAAGACCAACAGUUUCAAAAAGUACAAUAAAUCUUACAGACAUGAAAUCUGA